UAUAUAAUCGACACCCCAUGCUCCUGAUCUCUACACUGCUCGGAGAAAAACGUCUUGCUCUUCCCCUAAUUUUAGCCGUUUGUUUCUCGAGAAUUUCGUUUCUCUUCCUUUUUCCUCUUCUUCUGUGUUUGAGAAAUGGAGACCGGUGGAAAGGCCAAGAAGGGUGCCGGAGGGAGGAAAGGAGGCGGCCCCAAGAAGAAGCCUGUGUCACGCUCCGUUAAAGCCGGCCUGCAGUUUCCGGUGGGAAGGAUCGGCCGCUACUUGAAGAAGGGCCGAUAUUCUCAGCGCGUCGGAACCGGCGCUCCGGUAUACCUCGCCGCCGUACUUGAAUACCUCGCUGCUGAGGUUCUGGAAUUGGCUGGAAAUGCUGCAAGAGACAACAAGAAGAAUAGGAUAAUACCAAGGCAUUUGCUGUUAGCUGUAAGGAAUGAUGAAGAGCUGGGAAAGCUUCUUGCUGGAGUGACAAUUGCUCAUGGAGGUGUCCUUCCAAACAUCAACCCAGUUCUUCUUCCAAAGAAGACUGACAAGGCAGGAAAGGAACCCAAGUCUCCCGCCAAGGCCACCAAGUCCCCGAGGAAGGCUGCUUAGUGUUGAAGAAAAUUUUAAGAGCUUAUUUUAGUUUGAUCUGUAUGUAAUUUCACUCUCUGUUGUUACUAUGCAGAAUAGUUUGAAGUUUGUAGUUUGUAGGAUGAAUGACUGUGAUUUGUGUAUUAUGUCUCUCUGUUGGAACAAAUCUCUUGUUUCGGCUAUUGAAUGGCACAAAAUGAACUUCGUUAGUUUUA